AUGUCCACAUUGAAAGAUAGGGAUCCAAACAACAAGACAACGGCAAAGCAACUCUACAAUUUAAGUCAUCGAUUAAAACUUAAAAUGAGGGCAUCAAUGACUGAAAUGCAACACCUCUCCAAAAGACUUGUCGAGACCGGGUAUUUUUUCAAACAUAGAACGGUUGUUGCAGACGGAUCCGAACAUGUUCAAGACAUUUUCUUUGCACAUCCUAAAUCUAUAAGUUUGUUCAAUUCUUUUCCUACUGUGCUUUUGAUGGAUUCGACAUACAAAACAAACAAAUACAAAAUGCCGUUAUUUGAGAUUGUCGGAUUCACAUCAACUGGGAGAUCUUUCAAUGUUGGAUUUGCUUGGCUUACCAAUGAAAGAGAAGACAACUUCACUUGGGCUCUAGAGCAGUGUGUCAGUCUCUUAAGGAAUGAGGAUGUUAGACCGAAGGUGAUUGUCACCGAUAGGGAUUUGGCUCUGAUGAAUGCAGUUUCUGAGGUAUUUCCAACAUCGGCUGCAAUGGUUUGUCGUUUCCAUGUAAAAAAGAACGUGAGCUCUAAGAUGAAGGAAAUUGUGAAAAUCAAGAAUGGAGAGAAUGAGAAGCAGACUGAUGUGUGGGAUCAAAUCACCGAUGCUUUUAAUGAUGUGUUAGAGUCGCCAACGGAAAAAGAAUAUGCUGAAAAUGUUAUGGUAUUUAGGGAGCUUUGUGCGAGAUGGCCAAAGUUUUUGCGUUAUGUUGAAGAGACUGUCCUAGACACUGAUAAAGAAAGGGUUGUCAAUGCUUGGGUAGACCAACAUAUGCACAUGGGGAAUCACACCACGAAUAGAGCUGAAUCAUGUCAUGGUGUGUUGAAAGGUUACUUGAAGGACGGUAACGGUGACUUGGUGAAAGGAUGGGAAGCGAUAAAUAAGAUGUUGAUAAGUCAGUUCACCGAAGUACAAGGUGAAUUCGGUCGGAGUAUGUCUGUUGCGGAACACAGAUACGAUGAUGAUCCUCUUUACGCAUUCUUGUUUUAUAAAAUCUCAAGAAAGGUUAUGGAUCACAUUUAUGACGAAGCAAACAGGGUCGAAGAAUGUGGUAUGGAUAGCAAAAAGUGUGGCUGUGUUAUGAGAAGGACAUACGGGUUGCCAUGUGCAUGCUUGAUUGCGAAGAAGAUCAAAAAUAACAAACCUAUCCGACUUGAUGAGAUUCACCCUCAAUGGAAGAAACUGUGUUUCGAAGAUGAACCGGCACCGGGCGACGUGGCUGACGAUUAUGCUUGCUUGGCUGAGUGGAAAGCAAUUCAGGAACGAUUAAAAACAGCCGAUGUUAGCGUGAAGAAUGAUAUUAGGAAUCAACUUCGUCUCAUUGCAUAUCCAGAAACCACCUCUGUGAAACCUCCGCUUCAAAAGGCAAAAACAAAAGGUGCUAGAAAGAAAAAAUCAGUUCGUGUCACAAGAUCCACGAGCAGGGAUAAGUCUCGGUGGGAGCAUGUUGAUGAUUAUAUUGCAGCUACACAGGCAUCUCAGUCGAAACCAACAAAGUCAAAGUCGUCGACUUCACAAACAGUGCCUGAGGUGCCUAAAGAACUCGUCAUCAGUACUUUGACUCCAGCACCUCCAGCACCUCCUGAAAUUCCUUUUAUCAACCAUAUGCCGAAGUUCAUGCACCCAUUUAUCGAAGAUAUUAUUGACGUUGAAGGUGACGGUUAUUGUGGAUACCGUGUGGUAGCUUUGCACCAAAAAGGAAAUCAGCAAGAUUUUGAGUUGAUCAGACUGAACAUGGAGAGGGAGUUGAGAUUGCAUAAGGAAUCAUAUGUGGAGUUGUUCGAUACUGAGCGUUACAAGUAUGUCACGGAUGCACUUUUCCCACCACCGAGAAGGAGUAAACAUGCUUUUGCAACCAAGGACAAAUGGUUUACUUUUCCGGAUAUGGGUUACGUUGUGGCUACUCAUUUUCAGAGGGUUGUUGUUCAACUAUCAAAUAUGGAAAGGUGUGGAGCAUCUAGAACUUGUUUCCCAUUGCGUGGCAGGCAAACUUCCAUCAGACACGUCAGACUUGGAUUCCAAGAUUAUUUGCAUCGGCGCGCUCGCUGA